AUGUACGGGGAUGGAGAGAGCACCGUGUGGGACCGGGUCGGUCGUCCCCAUCUGGACUGCAUGUGCUACCUUGGACCUCCGACUACUUUGAUGCCGAUCGGGAUGCGCAGGUCGCCCGACGUGAGCCCCAGACGGCUUUCGGACAUCAGCCCGCAGCUCAGACAGCUCAAGUACCUGGUGGUGGACGAGGCCAUCAAAGAGGACCUCAAGUCCUCCCGCUCAGUCGAGGACAUCAACAGCGCCUCCAUAGAGGAGCGAAUACUGCGCAUCACCGGCUACUAUGGAUACCAGCCCUGGAACGCGAGCCACAAGAGGUCGGCUGCGGACAUGCACGUCUCGUCGCCGUGUGCGUCGGUCGCGGUGCACACGGGAACAGGAAGAGCAAAGAGUAAACAGGGAUGUAGUCGAAGCGGCUCCGAGCUCAGCCCGCCCGAGCUCCUCAUCACCAUGAAGAAACACUCCGCCAGGGUCGCCCCGCUGUCCGCCUGCAACAGUCCGGUGCUCACCCUCACCAAAGUGGAAGGAGAAGAACGCAUCAGGGAGAAUGUGGUGGGCACCACGGACGCACAGACGACCGGCGGCGCGGCAGGAGCAGAGUCCGACUCCAAGAAGCGGAGGCUCCACUGCUGCAUCAGGGUCACGACGGUGCAGGUGCGGAAGGCCCUGUGGGGAGUCGCCAUGGUGAUUUGCGUGUGCUCAUCCUGGGCAGGCUCCACCCAGCUGGCCAAGCUGACCUUUAAGCAGUUUGAUGCCCCCUUCACCAUCACCUGGUUCGCCACCACCUGGAACUGCCUCUUCUUCCCCCUCUACUACAUCGGCCACCUGUGCAAGAGUCCAGAGAGGCAGACGCCCAGACAGAGAUUCAGGGAGUGCAGCAGGUUUUUCGGGGACGACGGGCUGACCCCCAAGGUGUUCUUCACCAAGGUGGCUCCCUUCGGCCUCCUGUGGAUCCUCACCAACUACCUGUACCUGCAGGCCCUCAGGAAGAUCAACACAACAGACGCGUCGGCGCUCUUCUGUUGUAACAAGGCCUUUGUCUUCCUGCUCUCCUGGAUUGUACUCAGAGAUCGAUUCAUGGGCGUCAGGAUAGUAGCUGCUAUCUUGGCCAUAGCCGGCAUCGUGAUGAUGACCUACGCCGAUGGAUUCCACAGCCACUCAGUCAUCGGCAUUACGUUCGUUGUGGCCUCUGCAUCGAUGUCCGCACUCUACAAGGUGCUCUUUAAGAUGGUCCUGGGCAGUGCCAAAUUUGGAGAGGCCGCUCUCUUUCUGAGCAUCGUUGGAAGCGCCAACUUUGUCUUCAUCAGCUUCGUGCCGGUCAUACUAUAUUUCACCCACGUGGAGUACUUCGGCUCGCCUGAAAACAUCCCCUGGGCCUGCCUCUGUGGGGUCGCAGGCCUGCUGUUUGCUUUCAACGUCCUGGUGAAUUUUGGCAUUGCGAUAACGUACCCGACAUUAAUCUCACUUGGCAUCGUCCUAAGUGUUCCUGUAAAUGCCAUGGUGGACCUCUACACAUGUGAAAUCCAUUUCAACACGGUCCGCCUCAUCGCUGUGUUCAUCAUCUGCCUGGGCUUCCUCAUGCUGCUGCUACCGGAGGACUGGGACCAGUGCAUCAUCCAGCUCAGCACCAAGCUGCGCAAACGCGACGAGCCGGCAGAGGGCAGCGUCGAGGCGGGUGCCACCACAGGGCUCAACUGGAGGGGGAGAGCCAGGACCGCCACCUUUACACAUUGACUCCAACGAAGUGUAACGAUGCAAACACAGACACAGGGAGGGAGACACGAUAACGCCUCUGUUGGUGUUGAUGCCCCGCCCUCGCUUUCUCUGAUACUGCUCCCUGGCCAAAACGAUUUUGGGACUCUCCUCUGAUCGGAAAUGCCAGAGGAAUUAAUUACAUAUCUUUUAUUUGGCGUCCAUUCCUCUCAAAGCGUAUCCGAGCUGGUGCAUGGACUCAUAUCAACUGUACUCCUUUGUGCCCCAAACGAAUUACAACAGCGGGUGUAACAUCUGAUGGAGUCAUGUGUGGAUUUCCCUGUACCUCUUAAAUCAUUCCAUCGGUUCACUACACCCUUGCGCCUGGGAAAACUUGCCAACUUGCCUGAUGACAGACAUUUUGUUCAAGGACGGCCUCACACCUUGUGGACUCGCUGGCUUUAACACACACACACACACACACACGAACACACACACACACACACACACACACACACACACAAAAACACACUAGUGCACACAUUCGAGAUCCAAAGAAGAAUGCCUAAAAAUGCUGAAUGCCUGAAAACAAAAAGGGGAGGCCCUGCAGUGGCGCCCCUCAGGUGUAAACUUCUGACAAAUACCUGCCUUUCGUGCACUGUACAUAGCUGUGUGUCACACCUCUUGUGUCCUGGAGCAUGUGGCGCAUCGAUGGGCUCAUCUGGUGUGAAGGGACCUGUCGGGACAUCUGAGGAUCAAUCUGAGCCGGAGAAGCUUUCACGACACCUCGCCCUGCACGUCCAGGAGAAGAGCUCUGGUCCGUUCUGACCACACUGAUUGGCCGCCUGUGGUUCUGUGCUUUCCCGGGGCUGAACUCCCGCUCUGUCAGUGCCGACACCCAUCGCUCAGGCCUACAGUUUGGUCACGACAGAUCUUAAGCCAGUGUUUCAUAUGUUUUCAAUGCAUGACAUGGUUGAGCUUUGUCAAAAGAUUGUGAGGGUUAGGGUCAUCAAUCCAUCCUUGAAGCGUUUGCCUCACGUCUCCUGUUACCGAGACGCUGGCAGCAAACAAAAAUUAACCUGGCAGGUAAUUCAAAUAUUUACUAAAUGUCUCAAGCAAUGCUUCAGGUAUCCAAAUCUAAGGACGACUUAAAGCACUUAACAGCUUCUCAUAAAACAUGAACACUUGGAAUUACUCCUUUAAUAACUCUGAGCAUCAGACACAGCCGUCACUGAGCCUCUCUUUGAAUUCCCGUCACAUUUAACUUUCCACGCUCACAAUCUGAUUUGCAACGGUUCUAAGUGAAGUGAUUUCAUUUCUAGGGGAAAGUAACAGAGCGGUCACGCUGCAGCUCGAGGAGAAGCCCCUGCUCUUCGUCGAAGUCUCACAGCACCUGUUUUUCUUCUGUGGCGUUUCAUGAGGCGACCGAGAUGAACGACCCGGGGAGCUCUGGUGGAAAACGCUGCCUUGUUGUGAAUGUACGACCAUCACUCGAACCACACACGCUCACUAUCAGUUUUUUUGUUUAUUGUUUACAGUGCCAUGACAAACUGCUGCAGAGAUACUCACUAUCCUUCUUCUGCUCAAUUAACCGUGAUGCAUUUUUUUUUUAAACAAACUUGACGCGUCAUUGACACUUUUUUCAAAUAUUUUUUGCAUUUGUUCUCUGGCUAACUUUGAGAAACAGCUACAAGACGAGCAUGCACAUACUGUAUGAGCGGAAACAGCUGACGAGUCCACUUCACUGCCUUUUCUUUGUUUUUGCUAUAGAGAACAUUAGCACCGUUUCCCAUUGUCAUUCUCUAUGACAAUAAAUAAUAAUAUUGUAUUCCUCUGGAAUUAUUGCUAGACAUUACUGUAAACCUUUGUAAGGAAUGACGAUUUUUACACUGAGAUGCAACAUAUGAUUAUCACAUUGGAGGAAGAGAUCAUUAUGAGCGUGAAUAAAUGACAGGUUUGUUAGAUCUACUGUGUCUUCAAGUGUAAUCACAUGUACUACAUAAAAUAUUCUUUUCAAUACAUUCGCUUCUCCGGGUUUGUUUACCUCCUCAGUGUCGCAGUCCUUGUUCUUUCCAAUUACUGAGCAAUGUAAAAGACCACGAGAAAACAGAACAUUUAAAUGAUUAGUCGAUUAAUUGAUUAUUAUAUUAUCUAUCUGCGGAUAUUGCUGUUGCCUUGUAAUAAUUUGAGUCAUAUUUCAAGCAAAAUGCCAACAUUUGAUGCUUUUACUUGUCUUAUGUGCAAGUCAUCAAAUAAUUGGGGGGUUUUGAAGUGUUGAUCAGACAAAAUGAAACAUUGGAAUAUUCAAUACCCAGCCGUGGGAAACAGGGAUGAGCGUUUCCUGUAUCUUUAU